AUGGGCGUUACCAAAACUGUGCUCAAGGAAGGCAAAGGCCCUAUCCCCAAGGUCGGCGACAAGGUCACCAUCGCAUACACCGGCUACUUGAAGGACACCAGCGCUCCCGAUAACAAGGGCACCGAAUUCGACUCCUCUGUUGGCCGCGGUAACUUUGUCACAGCUAUUGGCAUUGGCAAUGUCAUCAAGGGUUGGGAUGAGGGCGUUACCACCAUGAAGCUUGGCGAGAAGGCGACAUUGGACAUUACGAAUGAUUACGCAUAUGGUGACCGCGGCUUCCCGGGUCACAUUCCACCGGGGGCUGAUUUGCUCUUCGACGUCGAGCUCCUCAAGAUCAAUUAG